AUGAAGUUUGUUAUAUUUACUUUUAUCGCAGUCUUGGGAUCAUGCCCCUAUAAAUUAACCCGUGCCAGUGACACCACUGGUACAUCCCAACCAACUGAAACCACAACCGGCCAAACUACUCCUGGAACCCAGGGUACUGGUGGAUCUACUCCUAGUGUCCAAACAACUACAACUGGUCGAAAUGGUCAUACAACUCAGGCAGCUACUCCAGCUACUGGAACCACACCGGCUGCUGAAUCUGGUGCAGCAACUGGUAACUCUGUUACUCUUGACAUCAAUAAAAGUAACACUACCAACGACUCAGAGUACUCUAAGGAAGGAGACUAUAGGACAUACACAGCUAAAGAUAACAAGUCAUUCUCUAAGAUAGUGAAGAAUAAAAAUGAUAUCUGGGAAUCUAAGGAUAAGGAUGAAGCUGUAAAAGUCGUACUCAAAGGCUCUGGUGAUAAAAAGAAACAUCUCGUCAUUCUUCUCAAGAGUAAUAAGUUUGUACUUUUGUACAAGGAAGCUAAGAAUAAACCUUGGAAUGACAUCACCAGCAAGAGACAUGACACAUCAAAGUUGAAGUUCUAUGCCGAGAAUGAUAAAGAGAUGACUUCGUCAGAUUACGAAGUUACGAUCCUGGAGCACUACUACAGUAUCAAAUUCAGAGAUUCGGUCAGCUGUAGGAAGAUAAAAUUGGGAGGUGAAGAUAUUUGGAAAAGUACCGAUGAUAAGAAUUUUGAGUCCAUAAGGGCACUUACUCUUGAUCUUGAAUCGGACUGUUUUUACGUACUCAAAAGUGAAACCGAACACAAGAAACUUGAUGUGAAAAAGUCAACCACAAAAUCUGCAACUCCCACUUCCGGAGGACAGAGUGCAACUACUACUGCUACAACUGCUAGAACUGGUUCUGGAAAUACCACAACUAAUGCUACUACUGUUACAACUGGUGCUAAAUCUACUCCUGCUACUACUCCUAGAGCUGGUUCUGCUGCUACUACAACUACUACUGGAGCUACAACAACUACUACUCCUGCUACUACAACUCCUUCAAGAGGUCAGACUAAAUCUACUCCUGCUAUUACUACUAAUGCCUGA